AUGCUCAAAGAUGGAAUUGAUCCAUACGAGUCAUCCACAUUUCAUUAUCCACCAAUUCUUCUUUACGUGUUCAAUUUCGUUAUAUCAAAUGCUGAAAACCUAAUAAUUCCUUUUUGGAUUCUUUUGGACAUCGCGACUGCGUGGAUUUUAGCAAUUGCCUGUCAGAAAGUGACAAAAAAUGAGGAAUUGGGAUAUUCAUUCAAUCCGAUCACGAUAAUGUCGACUGGAAUCUUUUCGAUCUCCGUUUUGCAUAAUUUCUUAGCAGCUCUGGUUUUCAACACGUUCGUUCACGGCUCUUCCCAUAUUUGUGCAUUGCUCAUUUCGUUUUGGACAUCUCUCACGUUGUGCCCAUUCGUUCUCUUCUUUUCGCUGAUUUUCCAAAAAAAUCGAACGCCGAAUGUUUUGGGAACCAUUUCAAUUGGGCUGGGAACAACCGUUUUGUUGAAUUAUUGGCUCAAUGAUUUUAAGUGGAAUUUUGUAAAAGAGACCUACUUAGUGAUGGACGAUAAAAAUCUCCAUUUCACCAUAAUGCUGAUCAUCUCAUCGAUUUUCUAUCCAUAUCCUACGUUGAAUCAUGCAUCAGUGUUCUUUGCAAUUAUGCCAAUUCAUUCGGAAUACAAAAAAUACUUCCGAUAUAAUUUGAUUAUUGGAGCAACAAUUGUGAGCACGAUUGUAUUGAUGCCGGUUAUGUGGCAUAUGUGGAUUGUGAGCUCAUCAGGAAAUGCGAAUUUCUUCUUUGCAGCUACCCUUUUUUAUAAUAUGGCAUUGAUUGGCUUUGUCACCGACUUGUUCUUCGUUUACUCGCGGCGGCAAAUCGACAAAGAAUAUGGCGAUUCGAUCAAACCACAAAGAAAAUUCACUUUUGGAGUGUUUUAA